CAAGAUGACAGCCGAACCUUACCAACUGACAGCUACGGAAGUGCUACACGAAAUCAAGGCCGGAAAAUUGACAGUAGAAGCAUACGCACGAUCAUUGCUGAAACGCAUUGAUGACCGCGACGAGGCUGUCCAAGCAUGGGCAUACCUUGACCGCGACCAUGUAAUCAGCCAAGCAAAAGCGCUGGAUCAGGUCCCUCAGUCUGAACGUGGUCUCUUGCACGGUAUAGCAAUAGCCGUGAAGGAUGUCAUUUACACGNNAAAGGUUAGACCAGGAUAUUCGAUUCUUCCUGCUGGCGAGAAUAGAGCUGAAGGGAAAACAGACAUGCCCACACGAUUCAACUCACCCAUCUAUGUCGACGACGCUCCUCAGGUAGACGCUGGUUCCGUCGCCAUAUUGAGAAAAUCUGGCGCGCUUAUCCUCGGCAAGACGACGACUACAGAGUUUGCUGCCACUACUGUUGGUCCCAAGACGCGCAAUCCACACGAUCCGCAUCGUACCCCCGGUGGUUCAUCUUCGGGCUCUGGAGCUGCCGUGGGAGACUUUCAGGUCCCCCUCGGUCUGGGUACACAGACGGGUGGUAGCACAAUUCGACCGGGCUCCUACAAUGGCAUUUAUGCCUUCAAACCGACUUGGAACUCGAUCACGCGUGAAGGCCAGAAGAUUUACUCGCUUAUCCUUGAUACCCUGGGACUCUAUGCCCGUAGUGCUGCAGACCUUGACCUACUUGCCGAUGUCUUUGCCUUGGCAGAUGAUAAACCAGCCCCAUCAAACUUUAGUGUCAAAGGCGCAAAGUUUGCAGUCUUGAAGACCAUGGUUUGGCCACAGAUAGGUUCUGGAGGCUCUGCUGCGAUGGAGAAGGCUGCGUCCCUUUUGCGUGCUCAAGGUGCAGAAGUAGAAGAGAUUGAGCUUCCUGAACAUCUCGCCGAUCUUCCUGCUUGGCACGCCACGGUGCUAGAUUCUGAUGGUCGUACGGCGUUCUUACCCGAAUACACCACGACAAAGCACAAGCUCUCAGACUACCUCGUAGGUCACGUCGAGAACAUAAAAACCAUCUCGCGCAAGGCGCAACUGGAUGCGUUUGACAGCAUUGCUGCCGCAAGACCAGUAGUCGAUGACAUCCUCAGCAAGUAUGCAGCCGUGCUCACCCCUAGCGUGCCGGACGAGGCGCCCUUGGGAAUCGAGAAGACGGGCAGCGCAGCUUUCUGCCUGAUCUGGACGGCAACUGAUGGAAUCCAGGCCUUACAUACGCCAGUCGUCAAUAUCCCGGGCUUCAAAGGCGACAAUGGCAUGCCAAUCGGUGUUUCUCUAGUCGCACCGCGCUAUCACGACAGGCACUUGCUAUCUGUAAGCAGGGCAGUGGGUAACAUCUUCGAAGCAGAAGGCGGUUGGAAGCGAGAUGUU